GUACUGUAGGUCUACGUUUAAAAAGAAAAGGCCUCUAGAGCUAGUACUUUUUAUUAAAAACAUUUAUCGCAUUUUAAAGAAACUACGCUUGCAACUGCUGCUGCGCGGACAGUCCUACAUCAUUCUUCGUAAUUUCAUAAUUUUCUAAACUGUUCUUUAUGGAUUUGUUGGUUUUUUUUUAUUUUGCUAUAUAAUUAACGCGCGGAGUCGUCGGAAGAAUGCAACCAAUGCUGUUCUCUGGGUAGCUACAUUCUCACUGCACCAAAGUAACUAAGGUCAUCUUUCGGAACGAAAUUGGUGGUUUGUGCAGCACAUAGCCCUUGCCCUCCGGUAGAUGGCGCCAGGCGCCGGCCUGAUCGGCUUUCUCUUCGCGUCCUUUAUCCUCCUCAACCAGCGCCGUGUCAGCUCGCGGCGCCAACAACGGACGCUAACGGAUUUCGCUGGCGGCGUUCGUCGGCCUACCAUCGCAACGGAGCAGUCGGAGCGAAAAGCCCUUGGUCGAAGCGCGCUGCUCCGGAAACUUAGCUGCCGACGCGAUGCCUCCUUUCGCAUCUCGCGACGACGACGCUUUCACUGAAGUCGACGUUGGUUCGGCCAUGCUCUGUCCUCGGCGCUCGCUUGCAGCCUGAAAUUCACGCGCGUUCAAGUUUCUCUGCCAGAAAAACGUUUUUAGUCAGCCCUUCAACCUCACUAAACCGGUGCAUUGACUUUUUUUUUUCUUCUCCUACCUCAGGUUUUCUCGCUGCUGAAAUACUGCACGCAAGCUCUUCAGUAAUCGGGUGUUGCCGGAAGACAUUCCGUGAAGCUUGACAGAUCCAGGCGCCGGAGUUUCGAUACUUCAUCAAAGGGCACAUCGUGCCGUAAUUUUCCUUCCCUUUGGGGUUGGUGUUUCUUUAAGAAUAGGAACACUUUUUUUGGUGCAUCACCGGAUCUUGUGGCCGGAUCAAGGCUUUCUUCCGCUACAUUCCCACCACUCUACGCGCACUCUGACUACGUUUUCGGAAGCAACGUUGUAUCUCCUGCUGAUCACCGUGAUUUUCUUUUUUUCUUGGUGAACGAGUACUUGAAAUCGAAACUGCUUCCGCAGUUCGUUCCCCGCGAUCAUCGAUUUCGGACGUGACACUACGUUGAACAACAUUGUGAAGUGCGCCUUUCCUUCGCGCGGGUAAACCUGCGCGGCUGUGUUGUGCCCUUGCAGUCGAACCUCGUGCGAGCCGUUGUUCCACGUGGACUGUCGCCGCAGCGUGGAGCUUUAGUCACCGUGUCGAGGAUAUUGCGUUCUGUACAGUCACUGGAGUGGUGUACGUUGUUCUGCGUAGAUGCAAAAGACCUCCACCUGUGCACGGCAGGUUAUGUCCGAGUCAAGGGCACUCUGGUGGCUUCUUUGCUGGACUAUCAGCUGCUUGUCGCUCCAAGGAGCUCUGUGCGUGGCCAUUUGGAAGCUGUCAGUGCCACGCUGGGUGCCGAACGGCACCGAGGAGCCCGUGUUGCUGGACUGCGAGUACGUGUACAACGAGCACGACGUGCGACUCGUGGUCAAGUGGUUCUUCAACGACCUCUUGGAGCCCGUGUACCAGUGGAUACCGGAGCUGAACUCGCGGCAGGCGAGCGGCAUCCUGGCCGGUCACCUAGACGACUCGUCGUACACCGGGCCCUCGCAGUACCGGGCACUGCGCAUCAUACGGCCCACCACCGAGAUGAGCGGCCUCUACACUUGCGUCGUUUCUUCCCUGGCCGGUAUAGACUCGAGGCAGCAGUCAAUGAUGGUCUACGUGCCGGCAAGAAACUUCACGUUGACGUACGUGACCACGCCAGUGCCAGCCGCGUCAACCGCUCCAGCCUCGUCUCUGGGAGUGCGAGCGCGAGGCGGGGCUCCCGCGGACACUACCUCCGCACCAGGGUCGUCCUCGAGCGGCAACUCGGGCGUCGGCGGCCCGACGGUCGAGGUGCACUGCGACGCCCUCGGGCUGCACCCGCGUCCCACGCUGCGGCUGUUCAGCAUCACCCCGGACAUGCGUCGCACCGAGGUCCAGCGCGGCAGGACACGCAAGAGUAACGGCACGUACGACAUCGAGCUGUGGCGCUCGUUCAACGCCGAGCAGCUGCCGCCGUCGGUGACCUUCGAGUGCGUGCUCGAGAUACCGGGCACCGACUACGAGGUCCGCCGUAGGACUGCGUACAGUCCCGGAUAUCUCUACUUAACAGAUGCUUCUCAAAAACUUACCACGCAAAAGACCUUGUUUGUCCUUCCACUAGCCUUCACGCUUCUAAAGAACUGUUACACUGCCGGAACUUGAAGACUAGUCCCAGGUUUGUUGGGGAGCCUGUUGGAGAACCUCGAAGGAUGCCUAGUCGGACGUUCCAAUUGUUUGUAUCUAUGAUGUACAUACGCACAAAUAUUUGUAACGAACCCCUCACCUCUAAUGGAGAGGAAUGCGACUGAACCGAAAAAUGGCACAUAUUUCAAGUUUUACGUUUCUAAGCCUCUAACUGGGAGCGCAGCAAUUAUUGUCGCCUUCCUUCGUUGUUAUAGUCGAUGUACUGUGAUACUGAUAGGCACUUGUUCACCCUCGUAAUUUCGUCAUGGGUGGUACAGUUAUUGUUUGCUUGAAAUCAGCAGGCCAUUUAUUAUCGCAGCUGAUCAGCUGUACGAACAACUUAAUGUGAAUCCAAAGCACGGACCAAGAAAGUAAAGCAUAGAAAUCUGGAGUGGUUGUUUCUCACAGCGUGUGCAUGCUAGAACUCUUUACUGGACAGCUCUUACGAGUAGGUACGACGUCGGAAAAUGAUGCGGUCGCCAUGGGAGAGGCUGUUCCGGCUUUUGAGAUGACUAUGAUUUUGAGACAGAAAUAAAGGGUAUUUUUUACAAAAACCAA